UUGCUUUAGAAAGUAGAGACACAUACAUCCUGAUCAUCAUGGCAAAAAAGAAAUCUUCCUGGUAAGAGAGCCCUGUGUCAUGUGACUAGCUCGCAACAACCGGCACCCGCACAGGGACCAGACCAGAGACUUAGCCUAACUUGAAGACUGACUGGUCCAGAACGCACUGGACCAGUGCGUGUCAGGCGUUGAGAAAAAACGCGGCUGACACUGAGACAAACGUGGAAAGCUCGUGAAGGGCAGUGCUGAGAUCAACGCAGCAGACCGAGGAUCCAUCAUCCCUUCGAUUCGAUUGCCUCUCGUCGGACGAAGGAACAGGCCUGAGAUGGAUAUCAGCAUGAAGAGUACAGCCAUCCUUUUCGUCAUCUACUGUAACAUGAUCAUCACGGUCUCACCGGCAUUUCGAUUUCCAGCUCAACGAAAGCAGAACAUAUGGGUCACCCUCACCAACAAGAUGGGACAAGACACGCUCUGUUUGUCAACUGCGUCACCAGGAAACCCGUUCUCGUGUUUGAUGGGACAACCCCUGAAGAAAUGGCCCGCCCCACGCUAUGCACCCAACAGGAAGGCAGCAGUCGACAAAUGGGAUGGAUGGGUAAAACAUCUGCAACAGCGCAAUCUGGAACCACAACAACUGGAGCUGCUGGGUUCGGUUAAAAUGGAUUACUGUUUGUAUUUUAACUACAGUGGAGAGAAUCAACCAUUAGUUCAGUCUGUCAAUGCCAGAUUAGCUGCUUACAGAAAUCACUCUGCUUGGUGUAACUAUACUUCACCUAACUUCUCAAGAUCUAGUAGCCAUCCACUUAGCUUGCCAGCAGGAGUUUUUCUCAUCUGUGGGGACAGGGCAUGGCCUGCUAUCCCCUCUCGCAUCAGAGGAGGUCCAUGCAGUUUGGGAAGACUAACUUUACUAAAACCUAAUAUCUCUAUGAUUACUCCCCCCCAGAAGCGCUACAAGCAGGCUAGACAUGCUUUUCAAUCAGAGUGCACAAAUAAUGUGGAAGUUCGGAACCCUGGGGAAAUAACAGCAGCAUCCUUUUUAGCCCCAGGCGUUGCAUCAGUUAAAGUAUUGAGCACGCUUAAAAAAAUUGGAUGCUGGCUGACCAAGCAAACAAAUGCUACUCCCUUGGCUCUAAAUGGAUUGCUACUAGAUAAAGACUCAGUACUGCACGCUACCUUACAACAUCGUGCUGCUAUAAGCUUCUUGCUGUUAGCUCAAGGCCACAGGUGUCGGGAUUCUGAUGGCAUGUGUUGCAUGAAUUUGCCAGAACAUCCAAAGUCAAUAUAUAAGAGCAUUGAGGAUUUGCAGAAUGCAGUUAAGAAAUCCCAGGUUGAUGACGGGUUGGAUAUACUUGGAAGCUUCUUCGGAAACCCAGGAGUGUGGAUGCAGAAUGUGUACAACAUAGGGAUAGUCUGUCUUAUUGCUUUUCUCUGCAUUUUAGUUUGCACUCCUUGCUUACUGAAGUGUGCUCGGAAAAUGAUACAAGCUUUUUUCGUUAGUAAGGAGGGGGGAGAUGUGGGAGAUGGAUAGGUCAGCUCGGCCUAGUCGAGUCCAACUUGUUGGUAAUGAGGUUCUGGAAAGGACAGAGAGUCUGAAUAAACAGUUUUUUUGUGCCCAGCCAUAAGAUAAAUUCUCUGCUGAUUAUGAAGACUUACUUUGGAAUUUGCUUGCUUUUUAGCCAAUGGAUUGUUAGUGGAAAUGUACUGAAUAUGCAUGUUUGAAUAUAAUAGGCUUGCUUUAGAAAGUAGAGAGACAUAUAUCAUGAUCAUGAUCAUUACAGCAAUAAAAAAAUCUUCCUGGCAAGAAAA